AAAGAUAUGGGAUAAGAAACUUGAAAAGUAAAAGGACUACGACCUUACCAUGUGAAAACGAAAAUUCGUGUACAAACAUAUGCCGGUUGCAUCAUCUGUACAUCAGAGUCUGGUUUUUCGAGGGAAUAUUUGUUGUAUUGUCAUUUGAAUUUUGACUCGCCAACACAAGAAACCCACCAUGCCGCUGUUUUGUCGCUUCUACGAGCAGCACUACCCAGAGGUUGAGGAUGUGGUCAUGGUCAACAUCCGAUCCAUCGCCGAGAUGGGCGCCUACGUGAACCUCUUGGAGUAUAACACCAUCGAGGGCAUGAUCAUGCUGAGCGAGCUGUCCAGACGACGUAUCCGAUCCAUCAAUAAACUGAUCAGGGUUGGACGGAGCGAAUGCGUGGUGGUCAUCAGAGUAGACAAGGAUAAAGGUUAUAUCGAUUUGUCCAAGAGACGAGUCUCCACAGAAGAGAUCGCAAAAUGCGAGGAGAAGUUUGCAAAAGCCAAAACAGUCAACAGUAUCUUGCGGCACGUCGGCGAAAUCCUGCACUAUGACGACGACAUUAAGCUUGAAGAGCUGUACCAGAAGACGGCGUGGCACUUUGAUCGUAAAUUCAACAGGCCCGGCUACGGUGCCUAUGAAGCCUUCAAAACCUCCGUCAGUGACCCCUCGAUACUGGACGAGUGCCAGUUGGACGACGAAACAAUGAAGGUUCUGAUGGAAAACAUUCACAGACGGUUAACGCCCCAGGCCGUCAAAAUCCGGGCAGAUGUUGAGGUUGCUUGUUACGGUUACGAUGGUAUCGACGCUGUCAAGGAAGCCUUGUUCAAAGGCUUGGACCUCUCCACUGAAGAAAUGCCCGUCAAGAUCAACCUGAUCGCCCCACCCCAGUACGUCGUGACAACGCAGACCCUAGAGCGCACUGAAGGACUCGCCAAGCUCAACACGGCCAUUGAACUCAUCCGGAACUCCAUCCGAGCCAGCGGGGGAGUGUUCAGCGUACUCAUGGCGCCCAAGGUUGUCACGGAUACGGAAGAGAUGGAAUUGGCCAAACAACUGGAGAAAUUGGAACAGGCCAACGCGGAGGUUGCCGGGGACGACGAUAACGAAGAAGAAAUCACAGGGAUGGGAAACGACGCCGAAUAAAACCAAUCAUCAUUUUUCCUUAACCCCCCCCCCCCCCCAAAAAAAAGGAUCAAUGAAAUCAUGACAAAGUCAUGUUCGACUGUACAAAAAGAUGAGUUCAGCUUGAUCAUUCUUCCAAAACUCAAAGCACAAGCAUGUCAAGACGGAUUUCACUUCUGAGAAAAUCCUAAUUAAGAACCUUGAUCUAUAGCUUGAUGCAUACCAUGAACUUGACCUUUGUCACGAGACUCUUGUUUCUUCAAGUCUAAAUCUCUUUUCCCGAACUAUGUCUAGUUGAACAUCUCCAACUACCUGUAGUAUGUGGAACACACCGACAAUAACCUUAACCAAAGCUAGGAAUGCCUAACUUUCACCCGCAAGAAAUUGACAACUGUCUCUAAAGCCGUUCAAGCAUGUUUGUUCAAUUUUAAAUAUCGCAAACAUUUUGUAGAGAAAAUGACCAGAACACAUGUAUGUUUAUGUUGAUUUAUGGUACUUUAUUGGAUUUGUAUAGAUUGUUCGUUACAAUUUGAAUGGGUAGUUUCGUGCAAAAAAAUUUGAGUUGGUUCAUUCAGUAUGCUAAAAAAAAGGCUUAGAUUUUGGUUUUUUUCUUUGCUGCAUUUAUACUGAAACUACACAUCUAAUGUAAAAAUGUGCCUAAAUAUGUACAAGGCAUAAACGGACAAAUAAACUGAAAACAUUCGAAAACUU